UUCAAAAAAGAAGUUAUUAUUUUUUUUUAUUUAAAAUCGUUGGUUAUUUAUGAAAUGGCAAAAUUUUUGAAUACAUUUUGGGCUUUUUUAUUACAUGUCCUUGGAAUUUCCGUUUUUCAAACAUGUUUCACAAAUGCCAUGAAGGAUUUGAAUGGUAAACCACUUCUUUAUGGACAAACAUUAACCUCAGUUUUAUUUGCAUCUGCAAUUUAUGUCAUCAUUUUGAAAAUAAAUCUUUUUCCAAAUACUUUUCGAAAGCCCCAAAUUGCUUUAUUGUCCCUUUAUGAGUUUUUAGCAACGAUGUUUUUAUUGGAAUUCUCAUUGGCCUGUAUUUGGAUACCGAUUGAUGUUAUUAUUAUGAAAACUUUGCCGAAAAAAUUGUGUGAAGUGUUUCAUAAAUUAGGAUAUUUAAAAUUGGCCGAAAUUAUUAAUACAAGUAAUAAUUUUGUGGAUAUUUUAUGUUUAUUUAUUGCUUUGACAUUUUUCUAUCUCAGUCUUCACGUUACAAGAACCCUGGAUUUUUCAAUUCUUAAAAAACAAGGUGUAAUUUGUUUUUUGACACAUUUUGUGACUGUAAUUUGGAAUCGAAUAAUAAAAGAAUUUCCUUCAAUAAAACAUAGUGAGAAACAACAAAUUAAAAAUCGAAGACGAAGAAAAAGCAGAGAAUCGCGAACAAGUUUUACCGAAUGUCAUUAAUUUGUUAAGAAAAUUUUUUUAUAAACAUCAAUGUAUAAAAGAAUUUGAAAAAAAAAUAAUAAAUUUUAAACUUA